AUGGAGCGGCCAGAGAUCCGUGCUGUAGCAGUCGCAGCGGCAGCCGCAGGUGCUUUAGCAAUGAGCCGUGCUGAGGCUUUCACCGCCAUCCGAAGCCCAUCAAUUUCCCAUGGUCGAAGUAGCGCUGAGCCAGCACCUAGAGCUGAGGCCUCACCCCGAGCUUUGCAACGCUGGGGCUUGGCUUUGGCUGGUAUGGCUACAGCAGGAGCUGGGCUUAGGAAAGCUCGUCGCAAACUGCAGCGGCGAGCCGUACCUGAAACUCUGGACUUUCUGCAGCAAGUGCACGCUCAAGCGUGGGAUCAUGGCAAUGCCAAUCCCAACGACUUUCUGGAGCAAGUGCAACAGUUUUGGCAACAUGCUCAUGGCAAUUCUGUGCCAGCAGCAGAUCUAGCUGCAGCGUUGCAGCAGUGGGCGGACAGCCUCUCCGAAGGCGCAGGUAAGCUUGCCCAUGAAAUCGUUCCUCCUGCUUAUGCAGCAGAAGUGGAAUUGGACCCCAAUACGACAUAUCUUUAUGGUUCUGAUGGAGCAGUCUUGGUGGACCCCAUGAACAACAAGCCGAUUACAGAUGACUGGUGGAACGGCUUCAUUGGAUUUCAGGCUGGUCUCAUCAAGGGCAUGGACCAGUUGCUGCGUGACAAUGGUGUUGAGCAAGCCUUUGGAUGGACCAUCGUCCUUUACACAGCCUUUAUCAAGCUCUUGUUCUUCCCCUUGACACAGGGACAGCUGAAGAGCACCUCGAUGAUGCAGCUGUUGAGUCCAAAGGUCAAGGAGAUCCAGGAGAAGUACAAGGACGAUCCAGAAGCUCAACAGCGAUUGUUGCAACAGCUCUAUUCUGUCAUGGAUGUCAACCCGCUUGGCGGUUGCCUUCCUGUUUUGCUCCAGCUCCCAAUCUUUUGGAGUUUGUACGGUGUUUGGCGCCGUUUGGCGGCUGAGAAGUUUCCUCACUACACGGAGGGAUGGCUUUGGGUACCGUCGCUCGCACAGCCAAACCCAGACUUUCAGUUCAAGUUCGACUGGCUGCUGCAGUGGAAAGAUGGGGCUCCUGAAAUGGGAUGGUCUGACUACCUCGCUUACCUA